AUGGUGGCCUUUGCAGAGACGACGAAUCUCCCUGGGUGAUUUGAACCAUCAUGAAAUUGAUUCUGGUGGUUGCUUUCACAGUUGUUCUAUGUAGUCGUUUUGGUAUUGCAAAUAAUGCUGAGAUAGAAGACAAUGAGUUUGCUGAAUUUGAGGAUGAGGAGGCUGAAGAGGUUGUGCAACCACCACCCACGGAUGCCCAAGAUAAAAAGGCUGUAAAAGAAGAGCCUCAAAAGCAGAAAGUAGAUCAUUCACAGAAGGCUGACGAUUUUGACGACGAUUACGGUGUCGUCGAGGAUGAAGAGGAGAUAAAGGAAAAAGAGGAUGAAGCACAACAACCGGUGCAGCCAUUGAAAUUUGCUGACGUACCAGCUCACUUCCGCUCAAACUGGGCCUCUUACCAAGUGGAGGCCAUAGUUCUUGCUGUGAUAGCUAUGUAUUUGUUGAAUUAUGUGAUUGGAAGGAAUACGAACCAGUCAUUGGCAUUAGAAUGGUUCGACAAUGUGAGAGGUCUCCUCGAACAGCAAUUUGCUCUGGUAGGAGAUGACGGUGUGAACGAAUUCCCGGAAAGCAGCGCUGCUGUACAACGAGAGACAGAUUGCUCAUACACUGUCUGGUGCUCAGGACGAGUUGGUGUAAAUGGAAUGUUGAUUCAGAUCAAAACCAUGAAAAGGCAAGAUCUUAUUAGCCGGAUCAUGGCGUUCUUCUCACCUCAAAGAGAUAGAAUCACCUUCAAGCUUGAACUAGAUCCUGGAGAGUUGGAUUCUUUUGUUAUGAUCUUCGGACAGAAGAAGCCUGUUGUCAAACAGCACAAAGAUAUGCUUGAUCUCAGCACUUACACUGUCGAGAAGAAAACGACUUCACAAUUUGGUCUACCACCGAGUUUUGCUUUGUACACUGAGCAAGUUGAAGCUACUUAUGCAAUUUUUGAGCCUGGAGUAUCUGCAAUAAUUCGUAAAUACGAGAAAGCCAUUGAAUAUGUACAUAUCUCGGAUCAAUACAGUGGGCCUAAGCCUCCAGAGGGAGAAACUUAUACUCGACUGCCUGAAGUUGUGCGUUUGGUGCAGUUCAGCCUGAAUCUCGACGAAUGUCGUGAUAAAGAAGCACAGGCUGAGUUACUACAACUCAUGUUCUACAUAGUUGAUAAGAUUCGAAAGUUCCGCCUCAGUAAAGAAGCUAAGCAGAAGGCCGAUAAGAGAAGACGCGAGGUCGAGGAAGCGUUUAUAAAAACUACACAUCAGCUGCGACAAGAAGCUGCACAAGCACGACGAGAAGAAAAGACUCGGGAGCGGAAGCAGCGACUAUUAGAAGAGGAGGAUCCAGAGAAGCAGAGGCGCCUUGAGAAACUCGAGAUGAAACGCGAAGCAAAGGCUAAACAGCCAAAGAUGAAGCAGCUGAAAGUGAAAAUGUAGAUAACAACAUUGUUGUCCGCUGUCUACAUUAGGCAGUUAUCGAUUCGUUGUUGCACUGAUUUUUGUUGCCUGUAUGUUGAUCUAUUCAUAUGCGAACACAGGUUGUUAUAGGAACGUUUGGUAGCUUAUUUAUUACUGUAAAUGUAUUUGUUGUUUGUUACCUAAAAACGCAGUUUUCGCCAUACGCUUGGGUCCACUCGUAUCAGGCAC